CAUCUGCAAGUUUUGGCUUCUCUGUGGGUGUUUUCCUUGCAAAGAAAAUUUUCAUUGAGUAUUUUCACCCAGAAAUUGUACAUAUUUUUUACAUUUUUACCGUGCAGUGUGUUUUCUGAGUCAUGAGGAGGAGAAUGUCACCAUCCUACGACGAUGAUGACGAUUUGGAGUCUCUCCGCCUGGCCGCCCUCCAAACACUUAAUCCCAAUCGUAAGCCCGCAUCGAAUCCCAUUCAGGUGUUGGAAUCAGCAGCAACGCAUCACAAGCCACGCUAUGAGGAGGAAAUGUACGCAGAGGCACUUCCGGGAGCACCCUUUCCCGUCCCUGAGAGAUUGGAUUUUGUUUUUGGGGCACCUGCUGCAACAAAUGGGCAGUGGCAGAGUCCGAGUGAAGUGAAUCCACCGCCCUAUGUGCCACCGUAUGUUGCUCCUGGGGCUCCUACGGAUGUUCAGCUGUCACCACGGAGUGCUGCAUUUGUGUUGCAAAACACCUCAAUCUUACGACGAAGGAAGGGAGAUAAGUCCCCAAGUGUAUCCCCGCCACCGUAUAAAUCAGCUCUGGCAGCUCCUUGGGAGCCACCAUCGCCAGAAUAUCACUCCAGGGUACAUUCUAGAUCACGUACCCCGUCUCCGGAAAGAGUUCCAUCGCCCGUGUAUCGCCAUAGAUCACCCCCAUCGCCAAAGCGUUUCUAUUCACGUUCCCCACCACGCCGGGAGCGCUCCCUGACACGCUCUCCACCUCCCCCGCGACGUAGAACUCGCUCUCGGUCACCCCUUGUGCGACGUCCUUCACCCAGAUUUGCACCACGAAGUCGCAAUGCCUCCCCACGGCCACCACGAUCUCGUCGGCAAUCCCCGCGCAUUAGUCCUCCAGUGCGGAGGAAACAACCCUCCCGGAGCCCCGUACGCGUUACCAGACAUCGUUCACAGUCACCAAAACGAGCAAAGUCUCCCGUGCGAAAGCCCAGACGGCCCAGAGAUGGUCCACCACCCCCAAGAAGGCGUUCUCCUGAGAGAAAACCCCGAGGGCAGAACGACAGACGCCCCCGGAAUCCACCGCGGGAUACAAAAGAUGACAAAAGACCUUCCCCGCGGCCAAGGAGACGUUCCCGGACACGUAGCCCCGAAAAGGCAUCCCAUACUCCUCCAAUGGAGCCCAAAGGGCAGGAAAAGAAACCGGAAGACCUUCCGGAGAAGCGAAAGACCGAACGGGAAGUCACAGAAAAUCCUCCGGAUAAGCCACAAGAGGAGAAGAAACGCAGAUCUGUUUCACCGGAGAAGGAGAAAAAUGACGAGGAAGCACAGAGUAGCGAUGGGGAGGAAGAUGCUGCCGAUGGGAUUGAUUUAUUUGCAUCAGAUGAGUCAGAAUCUGAGAAUGAGGGACGCUUCAAGUCGAGCAGCAGCAAAAGUGAACGUCCUGCUCAGGCAACGGUGUCAUUUUCGAAGCUGGUGACAGAACCUGUGGCCACACUGACGGAACUGAAGGAUCUUCCGGCAUUGUCAAAUGUGGGGAGUGGUGCAUCACGAGAUAGGAGAGGGCGCGAGAGGAAUUCACGCGAAUACAGCCGUAGUCGUCGGAAACGUGAUCGUGAUCGUCGUAGUCAGCGCCCACGAGACAGUGGGAAGUCCAAGGAGGCUGAAAAGGAUUCCAGGACAAAGGUCGGAGGCAGCAGCAGCAAAGGGCACGGAGAGUCAAAUAUGAAGAUGUUCAAGUCAACUUUUCAGGCUGUUAUUGUGAAUGAUUCAAAGAGGCAGCAGGCAGAACCUGCUCCAGCGGAUGGUGGUAAUGAGAAAGGCUCGUCCAAAGAUGCGGACAAGAGAAAAAUCAUCCAGAUUAAGAAGCCUAUAAGCUUCAAGGAAACUAAAGAAAAGGGAGAAGCAGAAGGUGUCACGAAUGGGCAGACAUCGUCGAGUGUUGGUGGUAGCAGUGUUGAGGGGAAGGUGAAGAAGUCCAUUCAUUUGCGUCUUGGUGGGUAUGCAACGCCAAAUGGAGAGCCAUCGUCGUCGUCGUCCCUGUCCAGUGUGCUGACGUCGUCGUCGAAAUCCCUCAAAAGCGGCAACUUGGCGAACCUCAAGAAGUCCUGGAAGACGUCUGAGAAGGUACCAAUGAAAUAUUGCCUAAUGAUUCUUUCUCUAUUAGUUUCCCAUAAGCAGAGCUGUUUAAUCAUCAAAAGGGGGACCGAAAAAAAAAUCCUCUCUCCUCACACACACAGAAUUACUCUCAUCCUCCCCCAUUUCCUGCCUCAACACCUUUUUUGCUUUCUUUUUCUCACUUUUUCACUCGUUGGAGAGAUUUUUAUUUCUUCUGAGUCCUCUUCUUUGUUGGGAAAAUAUAUGAAGGGGGUGAUAAAAUAAGGUGGUUGAAGAGGGGAGAUUUUCUUUGUUGUGUUUCAAUGAGAAAAAUAAUUUUUCUUAAUUGUACAAUGGAAAAAAAAUGAAGGAGAUUUGAUGUUGUGAGAAAAAUAAGAAAUAAUGCUUUAAAUUGAAAAUUCUGUGAUAAAACAAAUUUAUUUAAUAUAAAAAACACUGUAUAAAGACUCUUUUUAUACUUCUAAAAACACAAUUUUUUAGUAUUUUAUGGCUGUGAAAGGAAUUGUUUGUGGCAUGAAAAAAAUGCCAAAAAAUCUCAACUUUUUUUUUAAAAAAACUUUUCUUAAAGAACAAAAUGUAUAACACUUUGUACUUAACACAGAAAUAUUAGUUUUUAUUGUUCACAAUGCAAAGAAAUUUAAUCUGCAGAUGAAAAUGUAACCUUAUGGUUCUGAAUAAGUUGAAAUAACCGAAUAGAAGGGAAAAUGUCUUGAAGAAAAUCUCAAAAAUCUUUGAAAAUUUCAUCGAAAGUUUGAAGGCAAAAGAAGAAUUUCAACUUGUCCGGAAUUAAAGGGCAUUCAACAACAGGAAUAAUCAAACAAAUUAUUAGUAGAAAAUAAGUUGUAACCACUUUAGAUGUUAAGUUGUUUUAUAACACACAAAAAGAUGGAAGUAAUCAAUGUAGUUGAUAAAAAAAAGGGGGAAGUGCUUUGAAGAGAGAGAGAAAGUUGGAUGAGGAGCGAGCUGUUGAAACUCGCAAAUUGUGACGGCCGGAGGAAAUUGAUUUUUAUUCUUCUUGGAUCAUCUGAUAGGUUUAGAGAAAGAUCACAAAAAUCAUUCAAACGCCACACGAUGGUCAGGAUGCGGCGUUGAUUUUCUUUCUCAAUCAUCAAAACAUCCACAAUCUGCACACAUCUGCUGAAUCCCCCAGCAUGGAGAGAUUCCUUCCUGCUCCGAUCUCCGGAAUUCUCAAUGCAAAAACAACUGACUACUACGGAAAUUCAGCUAAUCCUUCAAGGGAGCAACAAAAUGAGGGAAGAUGAUGCCAACCUCCGGCUUGUCGCCAGCAGCAUGAACAUCCCGUCAGCCCCAUGAAGAAGCCUCCUCAUCCCCCCUCCCGCAAAAAGGGUCCAAUGGACAUCACCCCACAACAGAUUUCACCAACAGAUGCAACUGCAGGACACAUCGUAAUUUCUCAUUGUUAGUAAAAUCACUAUAUUUUGUAAAAAAAAAAAAUAAUUGUGGGAUUUUGAGCAAAAAAAAAAGUUUGCAAAAAAGAAUGGUUUAAAGAAAAUUUUAAACAGCUAAAAAAUUGUAAUAAAUGAAAAAAAAAAUAUACUCUGCGUUGAUACCACUGCUU